AUGUCAAGUUGAACAGCUCUGUGACAUACAAUCUUUUCUGAUGCAACAUGUCGCGGCUAGUGUGGGGUAGUUUGGGCGUCCUGUUGGGUGCAGUAGGCCUUGGUGUGUACUGGAGCUAUGACGGCUACAAUCCAGAGUCCAUACGAGGUGCCACAGUCCUCAUUACUGGCUGCAGUACCGGCAUCGGUGAAGAGAUGGCGUACCAGUACGCCCGGCUGGGGGCAAAGAUCCUCAUCACAGCCAAGAGGGAGAACCGACUAAAGGAGGUUGUGGCCAAGGCGAAGUCUCUGGGAGCCCAAGAGGCGCACUACGUGGCCGGGGACAUGGGGAAGGCGGAGGACUGUGAGAGAACCAUUCAAACAGCCAAGGAAAAGUUCGGACGGUUGGACUAUCUUGUCCUUAACCACGUUGGGUCAAGUUUGGGCCCAAUUAGUAAAUUGGCUGAAAACCUGAAGUUUUGGGAGGACAACCCGGAUAUGGACUUUUUCGUGGACUUCGUAAACAUCAACAUGAUCAGUUACGUCCGGCUGGCCUCCCUGGCCCUGCCUCUACUGAAGGAGAGCAGUGGACACAUCGUGGUCAUGUCUGCUUUCGGAGGAAGGAUUCCGACCAUGUAUUUUUCCUAUGGCAACACGGCAAAGUUCGCACUGGACGGGUUUUUCAGUUGCCUCCGGGCGGAGCUGAUGAAAGCUAACCGUAACGUGUCGGUCACGAUCGCCAUGCUCGGCUUGGUGCACACACCGAAUGUCGACUCUCUCAUGAAGAAAACAGGAGACGAAGACAUGUUGGCUAUGAGAUACGCCAGCGUCUGA